UCGUCGAGCAGCAAGCACGUCGCUGUGUGUUGUCUUUAACCGCCGAUAACUUACGCAGAAUAUACGUUACACAUUCUCGUUCAAGAUAUCUCAUAACAAAAGGUGUUCCAGCUUGUGCGCGAAAAUUAACUGCCUUUGCAGUUGCAGUUUCACAUCAGUGUGCAAAGAACUAAACAUUGAAAAACAUUGAAAAGUGAAACAAAAAUUGAACAUUCUUCAUACAACUAAACAUGGAUAUAAACCGGUCGACGCUCAACAUUACUUAGUUGAUGGAUUUAUCUAGUGUGUUACAAUUGUGUGUGAAAAAUGUGCGAGUGCAAAGUUUUGGCGUAAACAACCGAUAAUUUUUUUCGUUUCGGAUUAUUCAGUGUGCGACUUUUGUGAAUUUUGUGAGUUUUUUCGGUGCCCGAGCGCAAAACAUGGAGUUUUCUCUGCUGUUCGUGCUAGCAUUAUGUGCUACAUUGACGACAGCGGAAGACAUUAAGGACACACGUGAGGGGGAGGAUGUGACGCUCGAGUGCCGCUUCCCGCCGCAGACGUCGCGCGGGUCGCCUACUUAUUAUUGGUCGAGGCACAACAAACAAAAUCAUGAUAAUGUCGCGAUUGCAGAUACUCCACUGGAUCCUAAUUACAAAUUAAAUUAUCAUCCUGAAAAGGGAAUCUACGAUCUGCUGAUUUCCAACACAAGUUACGAUCGCGACAAUGCGAAAUUCGAGUGUAAAGUGAAAGCGGGUGGUUCAGGUGCAAAUUUGCACGCGCAGGGUUACACCCUGACGGUUUUGACAGCGCCACAUUCACCCCAAGUUACCCCCGGAACGAUCGUCACCACCACCGAGGGCAAACGACAGGAAUUGACCUGUUCCAGCGAUGGCGGUUCACCGGAUCCUAUCGUCAGAUGGUAUCGUCAAGGAUCAACUUAUCCGUUGGAAGCCGCGUUAAAGAAUGGUGGAUCUAGGGACCAUCCAACCACGGCGACGUUGUCCCUAACACCGUCGAAGGACGAUGAUAAUGCUGAAUUUCGAUGCGAGGUGUGGAAUCGCGCGAUGCCUGACGGACAAAAACUGGAAACUGCUGUCACACUCAGCGUUAACUAUUUUCCAAGAGUAGAAGUAGGACCUGAAAACCCUCUUCGUGUUGAACGUGACUCAAUGACAACAUUGCAAUGCACCGUGGAUGCUAAACCAAUGGUGACCACUGUUCGUUGGACCCGCAAUGGCCGCCAUAUUAGCACUAAGACCAAUCAUGUUUUACAUCGUGUAAGCAUCCAAGAUGCUGGUAACUACACAUGCUCAGCUGAUAACAAUCUCGGAAAAGUUGGAGAGAAAGAAAUUUCUCUUGAUGUUCUUUAUGCGCCAAUUGUGGUUCUUGAGGCGAAGACCCGGGAAGCCGAGGAAGGUGAAGCUGUAACCAUCAGAUGCAACGUCACUGCUAACCCUGCUCCACUCACAAUCGAAUGGGUCAAAGAUGGUAAACCUGAUUUUAGACAAACUGGUGAUACCCUUCGAAUCAGUUCUGUGACAGCUGAACAUUCUGGCACUUACAUAUGCAGAGCAGUUAAUGUAAUCACUCCUAGUGCUUUACCUCUGCGUAGAACAGAAAAAGUAGGCAAUUCUUCAAUUGCUUUACUGAUUAGACACAAACCAGGCAAGGCGAGGAUAACACCUGAUAAACCUAUUGCAACUGAAGGUUCCCCGGUGACUUUAACAUGUACAGCUACACCUCCUGGUUGGCCAGCACCUCAAUAUAGAUGGUUCCGCAUGGGUAACGAUAACCAACCUUUGGUGGUAGGCACCAGUACAAAAUACAUCAUCUCCCAAGCACAGAUCUCCAACGAAGGGAUAUAUAAUUGCCAGGCUACCAAUGAACUAGGACCUGGAGAAGUGUCAUCCAUCAAUUUGGAAGUCUACCAACCACCAUCUUUCAAGAUUAAGCUAAAACCACUUGAAACUAAGCGAGUGGGAGAUUCUGAUUUUUCGAUUACAUGUUCAGCUAAGGGUAAACCGAAACCAGUUGUAAAGUGGUUGAAAGACGAUGAUGAGUUGACCGCAGAUGUUAACCUAUUUGAAGUUAAGACGGAAUUAACCGAGAGUAGUAAUGGUGCAGUCAGUGUCCAGAGCACGUUAAGGUUCAAAGGAAAAGCGCGUCCUAAUGGAAAUGAGUUGUUACCAGCUGAUCGUGGUGUUUACGCUUGUGUCUUUGAGAAUGAAGUGAAAAAAGCGGAAUCCAGUAUGCAUCUUCGUAUUGAACAUAAACCAAUCAUUUUACAUCAAUACAACAAAGUAGCCUAUGACCUGCGUGAAACCGCCGAGGUUGUUUGUAAAAUCCAAGCGUAUCCCAAACCUGAAUUCAAAUGGUUCUACGGAGCAAACUCCUCCCCAUUGUUGACUUCAUCCGAGGGUCACUAUGUCAUUAAUAAUUCCGCCGAUGAUAACGAUGUCUACACCUCAAUUCUGCGGAUAUCCAACAUCAAACAUCAAGAUUACGGCGAAUACAACUGUCAGGUCAUCAAUAGUUUAGGCCGCAUUGAUGCCAAGAUCCGCUUGCAAAAGAAGGGUGCCCCUGAGAAACCCACGCAUGUGACCGCACUCCACAUUGGACACAAUUACGUAACCCUCAAUUGGGAGCCGGGAUUCAAUGGCGGCAUUGCCAAUACGAAAUAUUUCGUCUCCUACAAAAAGGUACCCAGCAACGAUAACAUUGUGAUCAAAGGAUGUGGUCAGGUGACAAAGGCGGCCGAUUGGUCCGAAGCCGAUUGCAAGCAGAACGUCCCCUGCAAUGUGUCGCAUCUUGAUCAACAUCAGAACUACGUGUUCAAGGUGAAGGCAUUGAAUACGCAAGGUCAAAGCGACAACUCGGCGGAAAUUGCUGUUACGACCAGAGUCGAUAGAAUCCCAAUUCCGCAGAGAGUCGCAUACGAUUCCAGCUCGCACUCGUUGACGAUUAACAUCCCCAUGAGUUGUUUACCCUUGAUUGCGGUGGUUGAAUCACUCACUCACGAUUUGCCAAUACCCGCAUGGCAGCCGGUGGAUACUUUGAACGUUGAAGUGUCGGGUGUUACACCAACUUAUAAGGAAACCAAUCUUGAGAAACUCAUCGCACGCUUGCAACACAACAAAGGAAUUGGAAGAAGUUUGGUUGAUGAACCCAUUGGAGUUAAUGACGAUUAUGCAUCCCGAGUGAGGGUCAAGUUUUGCCUCACAACGCAUCAUGAACAUUGUGGGGAUUAUGUCGAAGCUGAACCAGGACAUGCCUAUAUUAAAGAAGCUUCCGCAUUAGCCACGCCUACACUGAUUGCCAUCGUAGUAUCCUGUAUCGUUUUUGUUCUGUUCGUUGGGCUUUUAUUAAUGUUCUGUCGCUGCAAACGAAACCAAACUAAAAAGACGCAAACUAAAGACUAUGAAACGGACUCGGUGCGGCCUACAAUUGUAACUGCUCAAAAUCAAGCUCCACCUCCGUACUACCCUUCAACUGGGAUGGAGAACAAAGCGCUGGAACACUCUCUGGAUUUGGCGCUUGCUAUGGAGGAACAAAAGAGUGUCUACGCCACACAAAACGGUUAUGGCUAUCAUGUAGCUAAUCCUGAUAUCCAACCAAGACCUAAUAUUAAUAAUGGUGAUUGGCCGAAUAUGGGUUAUCUUGAAAACAGCUACUCGAAUUCGAAUAAUGGCGGUAGUGUCAACUCGCAAGAUUCAUUAUGGCAGAUGAAAAUGGCGGCGGCUGCAAAUAACUCUGUGAAUCAAAUGCCACAACAUAUGAAUGUUGACAGACAGAAUUCGUACGGUUAUGAUCCGAUUGCGCAUGGUGGUUACGGUGCAGUGGAUGACUAUGCUCCAUAUCCGCAUAUUACGACUCAGAGCCAACAUGGCGACGAUUACAUGCGCAACAGUAACAAUCCUUCCAGGCAGGACUAUUGCAGUGAUCCUUAUGCAGCUGUCCAUAAGCCAAAGAAACGUAUUGAACAACAUAUAGAUUCGCCAUAUCAUGAUGUGAGCGGCCUACCAGAUCCCUUCAUGGAUCAGCAAAUGGAGGACGAAAAACCACCGCAGCUAAUGUCGCUCAACUACGAAGAGAGCCUGGAGAGCGGAUAUUCGACGCCGAAUUCGCGAACGAGGCGCGUGAUACGCGAGAUUAUCGUUUAAGAGCCGCCGUAGAUAUUAAUUCGUAACAUUUACGAACCCUACACGAACGAAGUACGAAUGACACGAAACGAACGCGAAUGUGAUCGCGAAUUUAAUCGAUGUGAGUGCUAUUAAUGUUAAAUUACGAAAGAAACUGAACGACGCGAUUAAUUUAUCUCUCUUCACGUGUACCUGAAGAUUCAGUGCGUGCGUAUGUGUUGAUUUUAGCUUUUAACUUAAGCAAACAAACUUUCAAAGACUUUGAAUAAUUUUACGCACACACACACUCACACACAAACACGAAGUUUGCGAAGAGAAGAGAAGCAAUUUUUAAAUGUAACGUGAUAAAAGUGAUUCGUGACUUUUAUUUGUUUUAGUUGUAAUCUAUGUAAGAUUUUGCGUAGGUUACUUUCGCAGGAGGAUGCCGCCAUUUUUGUCAACAUUGUGUCGUGAGUAAGUUAACAACACCCACACACACAAAUACUCUUGAAAACGAAAAAUAUCAAAUAUCAAUAUUAGCGAAUGUGAUCGAAAUAUAUUGCCGAAGCAAUACAUUAAAAUAGUUUAAAUUCUUUCUAUAAAUUUGAUGUUUUGUUUUGUAAUUUUCUGCUUUUCGUAUUUUUAUGACUGCACUGCCAUUAGCACACGCACACUCUCGACAACGAAUUUUCGCGUUUAAUUUUAAUUAUUUUUAGAGUCGAUUGCGUAAUUUUAAUGAAAAUCGCGUUGUUGGAUUAAUUUUAAGUAGGCGUAAUUUUUGAUCUGUGCCAAAAUGGUAUUUUAUUUAUUGUAUAACAAACUACGUUUUAGUUACAAAUAAUUUAAUUAGAUUUAAGAGAACCGAUUGUGUUUGGAAUGCAAUGAAAUGAAGGAAUUGUCAUAAAAAUACGAAAAACACGUUAGAUUCAACAAAACAAGAUGCUACUGAAUGCUAAUUUACUGAAAACAAGAGAAUAAUGAUCAAGUACGCUUGUUAAUCUUUUGUUUUUCGUUCCAAUUUGCUUGUUUGCAAUUACGUGAUCAUUAACGAAUCUAAAUACGAAAUCCAUCCUGAGAAAGCUUAACGUUUUAAGACGAUAUCGACUGCCAUUUUUAUAUUAAUCUACCUAGGCAUCAAACUACAUCACACACAACAGAGACACAUACAUAAAUAGCAAAUUUAUUAAAUUUAUUGAUUGAUCUCAUGACAAAACUAAACAAAAAGCAAUUUUAACAGAAUAACAAAUAUUUACAAAUGUUUUAAACAAUUGACUAUGAGAGAAAGACGGAGAUAGAGAAAGAGAGAGAUAUAGUGGCUAUAUUUUGUUGAUUUUCUUUUAUUUACAAUUUUAAAAGAAUCUAUUUUUUGCACGAUGAUGACGAAUUGAAUUGAUUUGCUAACUAAUUGAUAAUGAACGUAGGAACAAAGUAAAAAUAAAAACAGAAACGUGUGUAAUAUAUUUAUAUCCCUUCUGCGUAAUGUAUACUUUAUAACUUUAUCUACUUAAUUAAUAUCGACUACUUAAUUAACUCGUCGUUAAGAGCAUACAUAGAAUAUUUUUGUAAAUAUCGAUGCGCCUCGUGUGUAAUAACUGUAUCAUUUUUCUUUUAAUUUAAUUGUUGUGAGUUGUGAGCAACGUUUUUUAUUUGUUGUCGAACCGCCAUUUUGAAUGCAUGUGAGACGCGUGCACGAUGAUGAAAGACUGUGAUUUGCUGCGAAUGCGAUUUUGUACUUAACUCUAAAACAUUAUGCUUAGAUUCACACAGCAGUUUAUUUUGGCAGCUGUCACAACUGUCAAUUGUAUUAUUACGACGUGUUUCGAUCGAUAUAAAUAAGUAUAUAAAUAUAUAUAGAUAGGUAUAUAUUGAAUCCUUGUGUUGUGUACAUACUGAAAACGAUAUUUGUAAAAUUUAAGUGAUUAACGAAUUACGAUACUAAAAAUGAGAAAAAACGGAACAGAUAUUAAAUACAUAUAAAAUGCAUCUAAAGAAGAUUUUAAGAGACAAAUGAAUAUGAUACGAUAUGAUAAAAAUAUGAUAUGACAUUGAUGAUACAUAUAUCUAUCGCAAUUUUUAUUGUAUUUUUGAUUUUUGUAAAUAAAUGUAUGUUUAUUAAA